UUACUUCGAAUUUCCUUAUCGUCAUUGUUCUUUUAUUGUUUUUUUAGUAAAAAAAUAAAUGAAUAACGCUGCAGCUAACAGAUAUCCAGCAUAUCACCAAGAAUCACCACCGGCUUGUUAAAUAUUCAAACUUAGAAAGAUCUAACAAUGUCUAAUUCUAAUAAUAUUAGAGAAGGGUUUUCCUGCGGUUAUCCUCAGAAUGGUAAUUGUUUUCAACAACCCAUUAAUAUUCUCGAUUCGCUUCAAAAUCCCCAAAAUUCCCAAAAUUCCGCACUAUUCUACCCUUCGAGUGCCCAGCAGUUUGGUCAGAAUGAGACUAAUCAGCAGAUUUUGUCACAGCAAAAUAACGGAAUUCCUAUUAUUCCGCAAAGUCAAAAUAACUUUGGUUCUCCUAAUGCGACAGCGACACAUGACAAUUACGCUGUCAUUCCUGAUCAACAGUUCUGUUGCCCACAACAUAAUCAUCAUCAUCCCGUUACCUCACCUCAAAUGACUUUUACUCAUGAAGUACCAGGAUAUACGGUUAUGUUGAUUUUCAUACCAAAUCAUUUAAACAUGCAAAACCAGCAAAGUCAGCAAAAUGGUUAUUUAAAUAAUUAUUUGAAUAAUCAUAGAUAAUUCUUGAAUUAUCCCUAAUUUUUUUUUUAUUUUUCAUUUAUUUUUAUUUUCUACUUUUUAUCUUCUCUAUGACGUGACGGUAGUUCAUUUAGAAUUAAGAUGUAUACGAUUAAGUUUUUUUUUUUCUUAAAUUUCCUCCAUAAAAUUGGACCCAUUUUUAAAUAAUUUUUCAAUAUAUAAAACCGUAUAAUGAAAAAUUGGGUGAAUGGAUUACUUUAAUUUGCGAUGAUGCAAUAGACUGAUCGACCGUCGUAACAUAUUAUUAGUCAUAUUAUUUAUUAUUUUAUAUAUAUUUUAAAAUUGACAAAUAUUUAUAAUAAAGAUACUUAAAAUCAUAUUCUUU